AUGCCUUCCUCAAACGUCCACUACUCAAAUAUCAAUACAAAUGCAUCAUAUCCAUAUCCCCCUCACAGUCGCUACGACGCCAGCGCCGCCUCGCUCGACAGUGAUUCCUCUACAGAGCACGAAGGCGAGCCCGUCAAGCCUGCACAGAAGGAGUAUGGCUACGGUGACCGCCAAGCGCGACCUGGCGUCGCAGUAGACGUGAGGGCGAUCAACCGGACCCCCAGUCCCACACCGAGCGAGGCCGAAGAGCUCAGUAAGGGUAUCCUUGACUGGGACCGCCUGCUCAAGUGGAGGUAUUGGGUUCGCAGGGAAUGGCUCUGGUACUAUGUGAUUUUCGUUGUUGCGUUGACCGGUGGUAUCCUCUUCACGGUCUACCACAAGAAGAUCGUGAACUGGCUGAAGCCUGCGGCUGAUUGGAUGCACGAUCUACCUUACGGCUGGCUGAUCCCAAUCGGUGUCUUCUUCGUCAUCUCCUUCCCUCCUUUGUUCGGUCACGAAAUUGUGGCCAUCCUCUGCGGUCUGGUCUGGGAUCUCGGUCCUGGCUUCGCCAUCGUCGCGGCAGGGACGUUCAUCGGUGAAUUAGGAAACUUCUAUGCGUUCAAGUACUGUUGUGCAGCUCGCGGAGAGAAACUCGAGAAGACGAAGCUCCAGUAUGCGUGCCUGGCUCGCGUCGUUCGGGAUGGAGGCUUCAAGAUUGCGCUGAUCGCGCGUCUGAGUGCCAUCCCCGGUCACUUUACCACUGCUGUGUUCUCCACCUGCGGCAUGGGCGUCAUUACCUUCUCGAUCGCUGCGAUUUUGUCGCUUCCGAAGCAGUUCAUUACCGUCUAUCUUGGUGUCGCGCUCGAGCAGUCCGAGGACGGCACUAGCAGCACGAAGGACACCAUCAUCCGGGACGCCGUGCUCGGCCUGACAACGCUCAUGACCUUCGGCGCGAUGUGGUACAUUUACCACAAGAUGAACCAGGCGAAGCCGCUCGUCAUAUACGACCGCCGCAAAGCCCGCCAGGCGAAGCUCAUGGAGAUGUCUGGCGCUGCCCCGAGCCUGCCGUACGGCAGUGGCAACUCUGUGAUGCUCGAGUCUACAACCUCUGUCUCGUUCAACCCCGCUGCGUCGAGCGCUGACAUCCCUCUCACGAAGUAUGGUCAACCCCAAUCUCAGUACCAGUCUCAGCCAGGCGUUUAUGCGCCCCGCCCCCAGCGACCGGGCGAACAGUACCCCAUGAGCCAGUACAGCAACGGCAGCCACGCACUCCCUCCUGGCGCUGGUUAUCCCUAUCCUACUCCUGCAUCGCAACUCCCUUCUCGCUCUGUCGCGUCCCCGCCCAGGGAUCCGUUCUCAGACGCCGCACGUGUACCGAACUACUCAUCACCUCGUCCCCAGCCCCCUUCUCAACCUCAGCCACAGGGUAUCUCAUACCAGCGCCAAGCGCCUCCGCGAGGGUACGGCUCGCCGCCACCUGAUAUGUUGGAUAAGCGAGGUGGUGGAUCCCGCCCUCCGCAUACGUACACCCAAUCCACUCCCGCAGCACAGAGACUCUCGAGUCCCCCUCCGCCAGCUGCACGCCCGCCCCCGCCUUCUGCACCGCAAUCGCCAACACCGCGAAACUACCCCGCCCCGACAGGUCCUCCACCUUUGCCGAGUAUGUCUGGGCAGCCACCGCGGACGUCCGGGGACGGGACGAACCCUUUCGCGGACCCCAGCCCUAUGCCUAACCCCUAUGAGCAAGGGAGGCAAGGGGGAGGACAUGUAGAGGAACCGAGUGACGCGACCUUCUACACUGCUGCGGGGGGGCACUCACGUGGGGGCACGGAGUUUGACGCGGCGUACGAGGCGACGAGCAUGGCGAGCACGGAGGGUUCCGCGCCGCCUGCGUACGAUGAGCAUAGGCACGCGCAGUGA